AUGCCCCCUUCCAACAUUGGGGCCAAGGCCACAGCCGUGGUGGCAGGCUCAUUUCUCACAGGUGCCAUGGUCUGUCUCUCGGGGGUUGUCAUCCCUGUCUUCCUCGACACUGAUACCGAUGCCACGCACCUGCUGCGACAAUGGGUACGUGUGUAUCACUACGGCCACAUUUAUAUGCCGGCAAUUUGCGUCGCAACUUGUGGCCUGUACGGAUACAUAGCCCUUAAUUGCGUGCAAAGGCGGACCUACAUGCUGGCCGGUCUAUGCACGUUCACCAUGGUUCCAUUUACAUGGAUCUUUAUGGCCCCAACCAACAACGAUCUAUUUCAUUUAGAUGGACUGAGCACCCUGUCUUCUAUUGAACUCGAAUCGGUGCAGGGUAUCGUGAUAAGAUGGUCUUGGUUACAUUUAUUUCGGUGUCUGUUUCCUAUGGCUGGUGCUCUACUGGGCUUCUCGAGGUUGCUGCAGGACCUUGGGGUAUAA